AUGUUUUGCGUUAUAAAGGAAGCUAAAAGAAAUAAUAUUAAUAUAGGAUCAUAUUUAGUACAUCUAUUUCAUAAUCGAAAUAAUUGUCUUUAUUUACAAAGGUUAUGGAUUAUUUUCUCCUCCAAAUAAAAUAGGAAUAGAAAUAUUUUUACAGUUUCUAUUAGCAUUUUGUCAAUUUCCUCGAUUGAUAUUAGGAUCAAUAGGCAAUAAAACAGAAUCUCCAUCCUAAAUUUUAUGGUAAUUGGACAUUACUAUUAUAGGUUUGUUUUACUAAUUUUUCCUUGCAUAUGCUUUUACAUAUUUUUCAUAGUGUUGUAAACCUAUGUGGUUAUUUUGGAAAUAAUAAUAAAUGUGAUUGGUUUGAUAUUUAUCAUCUUUGA